AUGGCGAUAAAGCAGACAUAUUUCAUUCCAUUUCAUCUUUUUUCCUCCGAGGAAUAUACUGGCCAGUGUGCCGCAUACAAGAGCGGUGGAAACGAUGGUCGCUGCACGUCCACCCCGGGAAGCGACUUGAUCAAGAAGACUAAGAUCAACGAAUUACACGCAAAGCUUCAGAGCAGCUACAAGAAUAGGACUGGGGAUGCAGAGAAAGGACAGAUGCUGAAGGAAUUGGCCGGGCUUACUAUCUGCGGGAAGCAAAAAAAUAAUGGAGCCAUAGAAGAUGCCGUGCGCCAGUGGAACUCUGAACUAAAGACGCAAGAUAGCCCGGCUGUUUGUCCAGCAACACCGGCGAGAAAUGUCAAUGCACAGUCGAAGAAGGACAAGGGGAGUUCCAAGUUGGAAUUCACACCCUAUAAAAUCGACGAUAUGGACAAAUACAUCGUGGGCAAACUCAAUCAGGCGGCUGGUCACGAUUCCAGCAUGGACAGUGACAAGGAGAAGAGAGAUCAUCUAUAUAUCUUUGAGUGCGAAGAUGCGAAAGGCAUGUGCAAGCUUGGGUACAGUUCCAGUCUCACACGAAGGGCUCGUGAACAGGAGAAGUGCUAUCCUAAUUUUACGGAACGUCGAUCCCUCUAUUGUCCAAACCCGGAUAUAUUCGAGAAGGUGGUACAUCGGGAGUUGUCUCAGGAUCGAUACAAACAUAAAUGUAGCCGAUGCAACGUCACUCACAAUGAAUGGUUCAAAGCUGAUCUCGAUGAGCUAUACCGGCGUGUUAAAGUUUGGUGCCAGUUUUCACAGGGCUUCCAGGACCCUGAGAAGCGAGUCGACGUGCGUAUUCCGCCUCCUGAGCUCCCUUCAGGUCCAGACAGAUGGUACAAAUGGGCUCAAAAAUGGGUUCAAGAUUGGGAGAAACAGGGAUUACAUUUCGAGCCAAAUACUUCAGACACGUCCGCUGUUCACAAUGCUAUCAUGGAUGUGGAGGCCCUGAACCUCGACGAUGCAGAAUCGGUGCCUGGACUUUCUCCAUCAAGCUCUGUGUCUGGAAUUCCCGGCGAUGAAUACAUCGAUCCUCCCACCCCAACCCCAAUUGAACGCUCACGAAACGGAAAGAGUCUCUUAAAAAACAGUUUGAUCAUACCGACUGCAUCGCCGUCCAUGUCGUCGGAGGAAUACUGGACCGCCGUCGAGGGUUUGUCAACACACAAAGGCUCCGUCCUCUUUCCUCAGGUACCCGGCGGAUAUCCUGCCUCACCAGUGAAAGUGACAACCAAUGAGGACGAGAAUGGAUUGGUGGGUACUCUUGAGAAUAUGACACUUCGUUGA